AUGAAAGAGAGGAAGCGAAAGGCUGGUCGCAUAAAUAACUAUGCUCUUUCACAGACUAUUUCAGACAUGAUUGCUCGUCUUAUUUCAAUGAAAUUCCAAAUAAAGGUCGACGCCAUGAAAUCCCAGCAAAUUAAGGAAUUAAAUGCCGUUAUUACCCAAGCCAAGAAAGAUCUUGAGAAUCUCAAAAAUAAAUGGAAUGAAAGAAUUGAAAAAUUUAAUGCCGACCAAGCGAAAGCAGCUCAAGACAUGGAAGCAGAACACAUCAAACAGCUUGAAAACUUCGAUAAUAACAUUCCAACAGAUUUACCACCUCAAUAUUGUAAACUCACUCCAGAUCUUCUAAACAUGAUGGAAACGGAGAGAAAACUUGUCUUGAUCAAAGAAUAUGAUCAAGCCAAAACAUUGAAAGCAGAAAAUGAUAAAAGAAAGGCAAAAGAAACAGAAGAACAAAAGAAGAAAUUCUUGGCUGUCGUUGAGAAACAGCGCAAGGCAUUACUAAAUGAGCAAGAACAUGCAAUUGAAUGCUUCACUGCCAGAUGGACAAGAGAAGCAGAAAAAUUGAAUAAUCAAAAGGAUAAAGAAAUUGCAACUCAACAGAAGGUUGUAGAGCAUUAUGAACAAGAUCUUCAAGAUCUUAUAAAUCCACAUUAA